GCCGUCUCGUGAGGCCGGUCCUCCGCAGAGGCGUCUACUUGACUGCCUGCGCGGGGUCCUGGCUUGACAUUGAUCCGGUCGCCAUGUCGCAGCAGCCGCCUCAGCAGCCCCGCGGACCUCCGGGCGUCGCCGCCGCCGCCUCCUCCUCUAACCCGGGCUUGAUUGGCUUCCUCCGCCACCAAGUCAAGCAUCGGCCCAGCCUUAUUCCGCUUUUCUUGAUUAUGGGGACUGCAGUGGCCGGUGCCGGACUCUAUUUGAUGCGUCUGGCUUUGUUCUGCCCUGAAGUCAGAUGGGAUAAGAAGAACAACCCGGAGCCGUGGAACAACCUCGAUCCCACUCAUCGUUACAAGUUCUUUGCUGUCAAUGUGGAUUACAGCAAGUUGCAAAAAGACCGUCCCGACUUCUAAAACGAGGCGGGUUUUGCAACCGUCCAAUGAAGGUCUUCCUGAAGCUGACCGCACAACCCCCGUAUAACCGUCACAAUCCAGGAAUUAAGAUUUUUGUGUGCAUCGCCUUGAAAAAUAAUGUGUUGGAGACGUGCAUGCUCAGAAUUAAUAAACGAACCACUUGAAAAUUUUAA